CAUUCUAAGAGCACAAACGUCCGAAACCACAGCGAGAGAAAUCGUGUAACACGAACCAACAAAGAAUUUCACAAUAAUUAUCAAAAUAAAUUUUGUUAAAUAUUUUUUAAUAUUGUUAAGUAAAAUAACUUGUUGAAAUGGCCCGUACAAAGCAGACCGCCCGUAAAUCUACAGGAGGAAAAGCUCCCCGUAAACAAUUGGCCACAAAAGCGGCUCGUAAAUCAGCACCCUCAACCGGUGGUGUGAAGAAACCCCAUCGUUAUCGCCCCGGUACCGUGGCUCUGCGUGAAAUUCGUCGUUAUCAAAAAUCGACUGAAUUGCUGAUCCGCAAGUUGCCCUUCCAGCGCUUGGUUCGUGAAAUCGCUCAGGAUUUCAAAACCGAUUUGCGUUUCCAGUCUGCAGCUAUUGGUGCUCUGCAGGAAGCCUCUGAAGCUUAUUUGGUGGGUUUGUUUGAAGACACAAACUUGUGCGCUAUUCAUGCCAAGCGUGUCACCAUUAUGCCAAAGGACAUCCAAUUGGCCCGCCGCAUUCGUGGUGAACGUGCUUAAGCAGCUUGCAGCAGCAGCAACAUUAUUUUCAAUAUAUUAUUAAUGCAAGCUAAACAGCAGCAGCAGCAAGAAGAUAAAAAUUACAUUUCUUUUAUACAUUUUAUUAUUAUCUCUCUUAAUGAUUUAUCAUUUAUAUUAAUAACAAUAUAACAAUAUUCAAAAAAUUACAACAAAAAUAUUUUAUUAAAGAAAAUAAAAAAAACAAAGAUGAAAUCCAAACAACAUCUAUGGGAAGAAACCUUUUAACUUAGAUAUAAAAGAAACAAAGAAAUAAAUCAAACCACUUUAACAUACAAGAAUAUACACGUUUUAACAAUAUAAGAAAUAAUAAUUAAAUGACCUUAUAAAAACAACACAAACAACAAAAGAUAUAAGGUCAAAUAAUAAUAAAAUAUGUCUAUUAAGAAAAAUCCGUAAAUAACCCACAAUAAAUACAUAUGCAAAUAUGAUAUAUAUAUGUACUACAAUAUAUAUUACAUAAGCAAGCAGCAAAUAUGCGCAACCUAUAAGAAACCCAACAAAAUAUAUGCUUUAUAUUUAACAACAUCUUAAUAUAUGGAAACAUUUAAUUGAUUUAUAAUUAUUAUUCAAUCUUUACUAGCCAUGUAAGUUUUGUGACUGUACAAGAAGGCGGAUCAUUACUGAUCAAGAUAAAAUAAACAAAUUCGACCCAUUAUACGAAAGAGAAGAAAAGAAAAGAGUUACAAAUAUAUUUAAUGACAACUAGUUAUGUAAGCUUUGAUAAUUAUUAUAACAGAACAAAAGCAACAUCUUAAUUUAAAUUCCAAAAAAAAAACAAACACAAAUAAGAUACGAUCCGGAACAAAAAAAGAGGAUCCAAUAUUUAUAAAAUAUUUAAAUAAAAGUAAUUGACAACAACCACCACCCUCCUGUAAAAAGCAA